UGGCUCCUGCUGCGCGCUGAUCCUCCCUCGCUCAGAGGCCCAAUGGCUGUCCAGAGGACCGUUGACCAGUGGCUGUCAGCGUGACACGUGUCGCGCCAACGCGUCCCUAGACGCGACACGUGAUCUGUGUGGAUAAUGUUGACGUCAUCGAUCGGUGGUGCUGACGAGGAUCGAAGGGACGGGCGUCGUCCACCUGUCAAGCUGUGAUAUUUCCUGAUGAGCGCUAUAUUUAGAUUGCACUGGAUAAGGUUUUAUCUGGAUAAGAUAAGACUUAUCUACAGAUAAGAUAAGUUUUAUCUACAGACAAGAUAAAAUAAAAUUUAUAUGUAGAUAAGAUAAGAUUUAUCCAUAGAUAAGAUAAGACUUAUAUGCAGAUAAGAUAAGAUUUAUCCAUAAAUAAGAUAAGAUUUAUAUGUAGAUAAGAUUGGAUAAGAUGGACUAGCUAUUCGUUUGUUCGGGGAGACGAGUAAAGGGUCGACUCGUCUCGUCUGAAGACAGAUUGAAUCAGUCAAUCAAUCAAUCAAUCAAUCAACCAAUCAAUCAAUCAAUCAAUCAAGCAGUGAACCAUCAAUCAACAGAUCAGAGGCAGCAAGUGAUCAAGAGAUCAAGCGACCAUGGCUUCGUCGACGGUCGUUGUGUCUUCAGCCAUGGUCGCGGCGGAGAGCCAGACGCACAGCAUUGGCUGUACCAAGGCACGUGGAGGUGUGCUUGGCACGUGUCACGUCUACAGAACACAGGCUACGACACUGAGCAACUCUACUUCUGCCUCCGGAAUCGUCAGAGCUCGGUCCUGCCGCUGUGCAGUACCUGUGCGGGGCCAUGACGUCGCUGGCUCAUCAGAUAGCUGUUGGCAGAGGCAUUGCCUGAACACAACGAAGUCCGCAACUCAUGGUAGAAGCAAAUGGCUGCUGAAGUGCGACGUGCAGCAAAGGGGGGUUGGAGGUGGUAAAAGGGGUGAAACACUGCUUGUGAGGGGAAGCGGGGAAGAAGGCAAUGGCCAAGCGACGACGACAACGGCGUGCACAGUUGCUGAGGGGGAGCACGGUCUGUCAUCGUCGGGUUCGUCAAACAGCUGCGAGGAGAGGAGGGAGGCAAGCCGGAGUCACACAAGGAGCUGUCCCUUGGGUCACGUGUUCGCAGCAGCUGCUGCGGGAGUGCUGAUCGUGUCGUCACCGGCAGAUGCAUCUGCAACGCAGUGGCUGAGCGAAUCCGCUGCGAUUUCGCCUUCCUCCGAGAGGCCUUUGUCAUCCAAACAACUCCGGGUGUUGGGAGAGGGAGAGCUGUUAUUGCAUCACAAUAUCACUUUUCCAAGGCUGGCAUUUGACGCCGCCUUUCCGAGAAUUGCAUUGGCCGACGCGCCCGGGUUGGUCGCGGAUGCAGAACCGAAUGGGGAAACAAAUGCUGCAGUGCCGAUUGAGCAGGAAACGGACGUAUUGAAGCUGUUAAAGCAGGCCAUGGAGGAAAGCAGAACCGAAGGAGCUAGUAGUGGUAGUGGGUCAGUUUUGGUCCCCGAGGACACACGGCAGGAGGAGAUAGGCGACAGUGCUGCCAAGUCAAUCGAAAAAGAAGAUGUGAUGUCAGCCUCUGCCGACGAGUCCUCUAUUGCGGCCACGUCUGUUGAACCUGCGGAGGAGGAGGCUGCAAGUGCCAGCAAUGCAGAUGAACUUGCCAGCAACAGUGCCACCGCUGCUGCGCCAGCAUCUGUCACGCCAUCAACUGCCAAUGAACUCGUAGAGGAUGCUGCGAGUGUUGACUUGUUAAGGGCCCAGAAGGAGGGAUUGACACAGCCGGGACAGUCGACAAGUCUCGGAGAAGGAGGAGGAGGAGGAGGAGGAGGGGUGGACGGGUCACUUCAGGAGGCGUUGCCAGCAGCAGCUGCACCUGCUGCGUCGGAAGAGUCGGAAGAAGCACCGGCGUCUGCAUUUGACGAUGUGACUGGCGGAGUUGAAUCGUCGGAGCCGGACUCAGAAAGCACAUAUUAUCAAAGUGCCACGCAAUCUGUCAGCAACGUGGUUAACGAUGCGGCGGAAUCGAUCAACAGUAGCGUGGAAAACGCCAUCGACAACAUUGUGCGGUCGUAUCGCUCGUUCAUAGAAAGCGUGCGAUCAGAAGUGAAUUUGUCCGUCGAUAACGUAGGCAGCGGCCUCACCGAUGCACAACAAGGGUUGGUGGGAAGUCUGGAGGAAUCAAGUCGCUACUUCUUGGAGACCCUCGCAACGACCAAAGAGAAGAGUUUUGCAGCCGUACGUGGAACCUUCCUUGAGCUGUAUGAGAAAUUGACGGCGUCAUUACCACCAGAAGGGCGCGAGGCUGUCGACAAGCUGGCAGAGAAUGCUGCUGCAGGGGUGGGCCUAUUGGACGCUGUGGUGAGCAAGGUUGGUCAGGUGGUUGUGACUACAGAAGAAGCUGUUGGACUUGACCCCAAGGAUCCGCUGGUGGUACUGGCCCCAUGGCUUGGGCUAGGGGUGUUCCUGGGGACAUCUUUCUGGCAGUCUCGCUACGGAGGGUACAGUGGCGAUUUAACUCCUGAGUUGGCAGUGAAACUGCUUCGGCAACAAUCCAAUGUGGCGCUGGUUGAUGUUCGAUCCCAGGAGGAGAGAGAGAGAGAUGGCGUUCCAGAUUUGCGACGCUCAGCGCGGUACAAGACGGCAGCGGUGGAAUUCUCAAAGGUGGAGGGCGCGGAGAGAAAUAUGUUCAAAAAUGCUGACGAGACAGAUAACCUCAUCACGGCAGCGAAGAUAGCCAAUUUGAAGAUUGUGAAGUCUGGAACCCAAGUGAUCGUUCUCGACAGCAAUGGGAGCAUGUCGAAGGAAAUUGCCCGCGCCAUCACCAAACUAGGUCGGCGAAGGGCGUACCAAGUUGACGGCGGCUUUGCUGCAUGGCAGAAAAGUGGCUUGAGAGUCAAGGCCGAGGGUGCUGUAAGCCCCUUGCAGGUCCUCAAAGAGGAGGCGGAGGCAAUCAUCGAGGAAUCUGAAGUGAAACCAACCCCAGUUGGAAUUGCAGCAGUCGCUUUGGGGUUCGUUGCAGCUGGCUAUGCUCUCUAUGAGUGGGAGAAGUCAUUGCAGCUCAUUGGACUGCUGGGCACUAUUCAGCGGGUCUCGCGUAAAGCUCCCACGGAGACCCGCUGCCCAGUGUUGGGAACAGCGCCGAGGUUGAUCCUCAAGCCCUUCUUAUUCAUGCAACAGGGGUUGGUGUGGGCUCUGGCGCGGGUGGAAUCAAGCGAACCGGUGCUGGCAACCUCGCCCAAUAUUCUAGAAGUACAGGGCAAGGUGAUGAGCGCAGCAGCAAAGCUCGAUUCUUCAUCUGCCGCGUCCGCUGGCAGUUCUGACAAUGAGGGGGGAAACGUUGGCGGAAAUGACGGGGGGGAAGAAGGAGAGGAGGAGAGUGAAAUGGCGACGGUGACCUCUGCGCAGACGUCAAGCUCUGAGGCGGCAGACAGCCAAACGAGCGAGCCAUAGCCAUUGCCGCCACUUCAGCAUAGUAGCCAUCGCCAACGCCACAGCAGCAGCAGCAGCAGCAGCAAAAGCUGAGGGAGAAGCUGGUAGCAACUAGUCCAUUUUUUAUGCAAUUCCCAUGGUCCCUGGGCAUUUAUCCUCUAUUCAUUAAAUGAGAGUGAAUUUAAAGCCGCCGGCUUCACUUCUUUACGUCUUCUAUGAAUGGCUACAAAGGUGGAGAUUUCCCACUUAUCCUCCCUGAUCUGAUGGCUGUUAUUUAACCCAAACAUGCCCUUGUUUCAUCUUUGACGCUCUCUACAAUUUAUUGAAACGUUGAAAACCCAAAAAAAACAUUGUGUUUUAAGGCCCGGGGGGGGGGGGGGGGGGGGGGGGGGGGGGGGGGGGGGGGGGGGGGGGGGGGGGGGGGGAGGGGAAGUGGAGGGGAUCGGGAGAGAGGGGAAAUAGGCAGAGGUUGUACACUACAGGUUGGAAGUCAAAGACACCCUUUUUGUGUUCUUACCGCUCUGUGGAAGUUUAUCUCAGUCUGCGUGGUAAGAAUUGAAAGGAAUUCUUAUUUAUUUUGCUGUUUAAACUUUAAAGUGCGAACUCAAGGAAAAAUUACCUUAGGUAACUUCCAGAAUCCAGAGUAAUACUUGUAGUAAAAAGCCAAACGAGGG